AUGGACCCACCGCCAGCAAGCCCCGCCGUGAACGUACCCGGCGCCUUUCCGCCCGCUGCCUCACCGUCUAGCACGGCCCCGCCCACCUCUGCAGCCGUGCAGCAUUUCGCCGUUCGGCUUCCCCCCUUUUGGCCUCAGAACCCAGCUGUGUGGUUUUUGCAGGUGGAGUGCCAAUUUGAACUCGCGCACAUCACCACUCAGCUCACCAAAUUCCGCCACGUUGUCAGCGUGCUUCCGCAAGACAUUGCCGCCCAGGUAGUCGAUAUCCUGUCUGCUCCUCCAGCGAACGCUCCCUUCGAUGCCCUGAAGACUGCCAUCCUGGAGCGCACUACAGCAUCGGAGCGUAAGCGCCUCCAACAGCUUCUGACCGCCGAAGAGCUUGGUGAUCGCCGCCCGAGUCAACUCCUACGCGACAUGCAAAAUCUCCUUGCCGAUCGCGCGGCGACCUUUGAUCCCACCCUCUUAAAGGAGCUCUUCCUGAGCCGCCUGCCCGCGAACGUGCAAAUGAUUUUGGCCACAGCCACCACCCACCCUCUGCAAGACCUGGCCGCUCACGCAGACAAGAUUAUGGAGGUCUCCCCUCCGCAAGUCGCUGCAAUUCCUGCUGCCGCCUCCUUCUCCCACGCAGUUGCGUCAGGACCAGCCACUUGCGCCGCUAUUACUGACACCCAUCCUUCGAACCUCACGGGUGCCGUGGCGCAGCUCCAAGCCGAUCUCGCCCGUCUUUCGACCCUGGUAGAACAGCUGACCGUGCAGUCCCGCAACGACACUCGGCGGCGAGGAUCAAGGUCCCCACGACGUCGUUACAACAGUCGUCCCCGUUCUCCCACACCUACGCCACAACAGCCAUCCCCACUGCAUUCUUCCUUGCUCCUGGGCGGAAAACUCCGGCGGAGACCGCUAGUGGCUGCGGCAGUCUCCGGCAAUCCAGGCAGCCGACUUUACUUCGUGGUGGACCAGGCAUCCCACACCAAAUUCCUGGUCGAUACGGGCGCCGAAGUUAGCGUGCUCCCUGCCUCUGCCCUCGACAAAAAGCGCCCCCCGCUUUUUCAUCUCACUGCCGUCAACAAUACCGGAAUUCCCGUGUACACGCAGCGCUCCCUCACCCUAAACCUAGGCCUGCGACGAAACUUUCCAUGGUUAUUUUUGGUGGCCGCCGUCGACAGAGCCAUUUUGGGAGCAGAUUUUCUCCAUCAUUUCCGCCUCACCGUCGACGUCGCUCGCAAGAGACUCGUGGACACGUCCACCUCACUCUCCGUUCCAGCAGCCUCGGCUAGCGACCUUCCCCCUCCGAGCGGCCCAACAAUCUCUGCACUUAUGUCGCCUUAUGCGGCGAUCCUGUGCGACUUUCCUAGCCUCACUCGUGCACCGGACUGGACGAAGCCUGUGACACAUGAUGUCGUGCACUAUAUCAACACCACUGGUGCACCAGUCUUCGCUCGCCCGCGUCCCUUGGCGCCCGAAAAGCUCAAGAUAGCUCGCGCGGAAUUCGACCACAUGCUCUCCAUUGGUGUCGCCCGUCCCUCUUCUAGCAACUGGUCAUCCCCACUUCACAUGGUGCCUAAGAAGACGGGGGACUGGCGCCCAUGUGGCGACUUUCGCGCAUUAAACCUGGUCACAACACCCGACCGGUAUCCCCUCCCCAGGCUUCAAGAUUUCACCAGCAACCUGCACGGCGCCAAAAUCUUCAGCAAAAUAGAUCUAAUGAAAGCUUACCACCAGAUUCCCGUCGCUCCAGAGGACAUUAUCAAGACAGCUAUUACGACACCGUUUGGACUGUUUGAGUUUCCACGCAUGCCCUUCGGCUUACGAAAUGCGGCUCAAACGUUCCAACGUUUCAUCGAUUGCGUCGUCCGAGGGCUUCCUUUUGUUUUUGCUUAUAUAGACGAUAUUUUGGUGGCAAGCUCCUCACCUCAAGAACACGAACGCCACCUUCGCCUGCUGUUCCAGCGCCUGACUGACCAUGGCAUCGUCGUGAACGUGGCGAAGUGUGAAUUCGGUGUCGCCUCCACUGAGUUCUUAGGCCACCGAGUCACUUCUGAAGGCAUUGCCCCCCUGGAAGGCAAGGUCGAGGCCAUAACCAACUUCCCCCGUCCUGAGUCCCUCCGACAACUGCGCCGCUUUCUCGGCCUUAUAAAUUUUUACCGGCGUUUUAUUCCGCACUGCGCAGAGACCCUACGUCCUCUUGAAGAACUGCUCGCCGGCGGGAAAUCUAACACGUCUCCUUUACCGUGGACCCCGACAACCGAUGCCGCCUUCACCAAGAUCAAAGGCGACCUCGCCCAGUCGACGCUACUGUAUCACCCGCAACAUGACGCCCCAACAGUACUCAUGGUCGACGCGUCUAAUGUCGCCGUCGGGGCAGUCGUCCAACAGCAGAUCGACGGCGAUUGGCGGCCCACGGCUUUCUUCUCCAAAGCCCUCCAACCUCCAGAGGGAAACUACAGCACUUUUGGCCGUGAACUGCUGUCUGCCUACCUUGCCGUGCGGCAUUUCCGGCAUUUCCGGAAGGCCGUCGGUUUUCCAUCCUUUCCGACCACAAGCCUUGACGCAUGCCUUCCGUUCCGCCAGCAGUCGCACGUCCGUGGGGCGGACAACUCUCCGGCCGACGCAUUGAGCAGGCUUGCGCACCUGAACGCCAUCGACCCGCAACUCUCCCCUGAGCUUAUCGCCCAGGCCCAGACCUCCGACGACGAGCUCACCCGCUUGCGCGCUUCCAACACCACCUCCCUGAAGCUUACCGACGUCGCCAUUCCCGACUCUCAGCUGAUGCUGUGUUGCGAUACCGUCCGGAGCCCAGCCCAGGCCUUUCGUUCCCGCCGGUCUUCGCCGAGCGAUUUUCCAUUCCCUGCACGACCUUGCGCAUCCCGGCGUUCCCCGUUUGCCCUUCCCGACACUCGCUUCGACGUGGUGCAUCUGGACAUAGUGGGCCCCUUGCCUCCGUCAUCCGGUUUCCGGUACAUGUUGACAGCGAUCGACCGGUUCACCCGUUGGCCAGAGGCGGUGCCAAUGCCCGACAUGACGGCCGAAACUGUCGCCGCUACCUUCCUCUCGGCAUGGAUCUCCCGAUUCGGCGUUCCGUCUCACGUUACUACGGACCGCGGCAGACAGUUUGAAAGUGCCCUCUUCUCCGCCUUCACCAACUUGCUCGGAACUGCCCGGGUGCGGACGACAUCGUACCAUCCCGCAUCCAACGGCAUUGUCGAGUGCAUGCACCGUCAAUUAAAAGCUGCACUCAUUGCCCACGAAGACCGAACGCACUGGUCGGCCCACCUCCCUAUCGGCCUUCUUGGACUCCGUGCCGCGCUCAAGCCUGACCUUGGUGCCAGCCCGGCGGAGCUCGUCUACGGCAGGGCCCUGCGCCUGCCUGGAGAAUUUUUCGCCUCUUCAAAUCAGUGUAGCACAUCAUCACACUUCGUGCGGCACCUUCACGACUUUUUCAGCUCCAUUCGUCCCGUCCGGCCUCGCCCAUCCUCGUCAUACAAGCCCUACGUUCCACAAGACCUCCAGAGCGCCACCCACGUUUUCGUUCGCGCUGACGCUAUACGGAAAUCCCUGACACCGCCUUAUUCCGGUCCUCAUCCUGUACUUGGUCGCGCCGGCAAGAACUACCGUGUAAAUCUCAACGGCACGCACGACACUGUGAGUGUCGACCGUCUGAAGCCGGCCUACGUCGAAGCUUGCCCGCCAGUCGUCGCGGCUCUCCCCGACGUCCCGUUCCCCCUUCAACGUCGUCGGCCCAACACUACUCCUCUGUCCCACCAACCUGCAGCCAAGACCGUUACAUGGUCAGACAGUUUGGCACUGUCUCCAGCGGGGGGGCCAUGUAGCAGACGGCGCGCCGCUCCGUGA